UCUAUGCUUAUUAUAACCUAAGAAUUUUAUAAGUCUAGGUCUGUCUGUAAACAAAGUUUUCAAAGUUUAACACAAUGGUAGAAGAGGUGAAGAGGAAUUUGCAAGAAUUGCUUGCACAAGUAAACGGCCUCUACGGUAUAUUUUUCACUGACCGAGAUGGGGUGCCUUUGCUAAAAAUAAACUCUGAAAAAUUGCCGGAACAUGCACUGCGACCCAGUUUCAUAUCUACUUUUUGUCUUGCCAUUGAUCAAGGGAGCAAACUGGGAUUAGGCAAGACUAACAAUUUGAUCUGUUUGUAUUCGCAGUACCAGAUCGUCCAAAUGAACAAGUUACCGGUCAUUGUGACAUUCAUAGCGAGCGAACAUUGCAACACAGGACAUAUCCUGGCUCUGGAAAAGGAAUUGGACCCCAUCAUUUCAUCGUUAACGCUAGCGGUGGCCGAGUUGUGAUAAACUGUGUGUUUAAUUUCUAUGUUUUAAGUGUUUAAUAUAUUGUUUAAAAAUAAGAGUUAUUGCAUGUAGCAUUCCUUAACCAAAUGUUUAUUACUGCCCCACCAUAAACAAGUAAUUUUUAAAAAACAGUCAAGUUUUUGUCUUUUCUUAUUCCCAAUAAUUAUUACGUCGUGCGACUGCUCUGAAGAAACAAUGGAAUAGAACAAACAUGGAUGUACAAAGUAUAUGCCAUGAAGUAAGAUUAUUGUGGGAAAACCAUCCACAGA